AUGAAUGUUGUGUUCCCGGCGCAGCAUUCUCUGAGCCCCGUUGGCUGCGGUAGAGCGCAGCACCAGGGGACCAACUCAUCGCCGCUGGAGGCGUCAGCGACGCGGUACAUUCAGCGACUGGAGGUGGAGGUGGGGGAGCUUACGCAGCUGUACGAGGCCGCCUGCCAGCUGCUGUAUCACGCCGUUUUUGUGCAGGACGCCUCGGCGGUGACCCUCGAUGAGUGCGAGGCGCGGCGCCUCCUCGUGGAGGCGGAGUCGUCUGCCUACAGUGAUUUGUCGCGGCACUUCUUCCGGCUCACGACGAUACGGCGAGAGGCGGAGGCGGCAAUGAUGCCGCGUGGCAGUGAGGAGGCCGCGGCGCUGCAAAAUGACACCGCGCUGCGACUCUGCGAGGUGCAAAACGCUGUUGUGAGUGCGCUUCGAGGGGCGCUUAGUGAAGGCAAUGAGCGGCUCACGAGGCUGUUGGAGGCAGUUCCGCAGCGGGUUUCCCAUGCACUGUCUGUACAGGAUCUGCCAGUUGCCUUCUUGGCGGCGGCGCCGUCGUCGACGUCGGCACGCAAAGACUUGACGCAGGCCGACGAAGCGCCUGCCGCCUCCGCCGUUGUCCAGCAGCGCCUUGAGACUAUCGUGACGCGACUGGAUGAGCUGGUGAGAAGCCUAAAUCAGGCUCUCGCCCCGGGUGCAGGUGCCGCGUGGAGGGACGAUCCCGUGCAAGGCCACAUUGCGUCGCUGCGGGAUGCGGUGAGGAGCCUGGAGGAGUCGUCGAAGCGCAUAGCGGAGGUGCUGCAGCGCCGCGAGGGUGAUGCGGGUUCCUCCCAACCACCUCCGGCAACAUCAGCAGCAGCAGCAGCCUCACCCUCGUCGUCUGUGGACUCCCACGGGUUGCAGGAUUCCUCGUUGCUGCAGAAUCUGGCAGAAAAGUCAGCUUUCACUCUGGCGUCUCUGUUUUCAGAGUACAUGCUUGCGAACGACCAGAUGCAAAUGAUGGCUGAGCACGAAUUGGAUCUUCUACUACUGGUUCAUGAUAGAGGGAACAUGAUACGCUGGAAUCGCUGUAUGGAAGAGAAGGAAUCUGAAAUCCGACGUCUCCAGAGCGAAGUGGCGAGACUGGAAAAAGAGGCACGUAAUAGCGAUGCUACGGGUGCUGCUGGGGUCAGUGCUACCGCGUCUACGACGACUAGAGAAAAGAGGGAUGCCCCGGAAACGCUUGCGCAGCUCUACGCUAGGUUCGCCGCCCCGUUUGUUCCACCAAAUGUACGCACCGCACGAACCACGAGGAUGCAGAACAUUUCCAAGCUGCGCAAGGAGGCGAGGCGCGUGGGGGCCCGCCCGGCGUCCGCGAAUCCUGCUAGUGAUGGUGCUGUUGCAGAAAUUGCUGCUUCUCCUGUUGCAGUUCGUAAAAUUGCUGCGGCGCCCAAUAAUGCCGGUGCCGCUGUGGGGGGGCAAACGCCACAGGCUGUGGCGGGCCCCCCGGCGGGGCAUAAAACCGGCGGUGCUUCGCCACCAGAAGGACCCGUGCGUUACGCGUCGGGGGCAAGUUCCACCCCUCCUGCUCCUCGGGAUGUGACGCGGCAGCGAGAGACGAAGGAGGAGGAGCAUAUCGCAGCACCGCCGGGGUUGGGACGUGCUGCCUCCAGGUCGCCGCCCAACGCUGCCGCUGCCGGCGGCCCUGCGAGACAGCAGCGAGCCGCCGCGAAAACGGAGGUUGGCGUUGUCGAGAACAUCACCAACCCCACGGCGGUGACGGGUGAGCGAGGAGGGGGCGGAGCCUUGGACCUCGCCAUCCAUCGGCUGCGGCGGAGCGUUUCAAUGUCCAGCCAUGGCACCUCUGCGAGCAGCGACAGCGCGACGAACUCCGCACUGACGGAGGGGCGCGCGGCCCACGACGACGCCGGCAGGGCGCCUGAGCUGGCGGUGUUGGCGAAUUCAUUCGAUGCGAGUACCGACGAUCCGCCAAAGACGCGUCAGAGUGGCUUGGCGGUGUCCUCCGAGAGGGCGAUCCCAGAGAAGGACGGCAAGAAUGGCGACCCCGUUGGCCUCGCUUCCCCCGCCUCGCUGGAGGCAAGAGGAAAGCAGGCGGCGAGUGCGUCGCGGUACCGCAGCACCCACAGCGUCCAGUCGAGUUCCUCCUCCCUUUCCACCUCCAUCACGUUAACGCUUGACACUUCGCGAGGCAGUGACGAGGAGCGCCGGCGGGCGGCAACGAAAACGAAGUCCACGCCGCGCAAUGAGCGCCAUUCGUUGGACUGGGAUGACGCCCCUCCGGGCGCUGUCGACAGCAAGACAAGAGGGAAGGUGGUGAGUGAGAAACCUGGCAUCCGUGCCAAAGCACUUGUCUCUGGGCUAAAGUCCCUGUCCUUCACCAAUCAUCGAUGA